AUGUUGCACCGAAAAAGCAGAAAUUUUCUAGAAAUUACUGUUCACGUCGGAAAAAUCACUGUAGCUCGCCGGAAAAUUCCAAAGUUGUCGGAAUCUGUCGGAAAUAGUACCAAUGGACUCGGAAUUGCUGUGCGACCAGGCUGUCCUGAAGAAGCUCGGCCAAAAAAUGGCAGGAAGAAGCCUCACGCGCCGGCGCGUGAGGUCGGAGACUUGCCGGAAAAUAUUCUCCCGGCGGCGCGUGAGGGCGCUGAGGUUGAUGAAUUGCAAGGUGAAUUGGGAAAACAUGUGAACUUUAACCAAGCUGCAUUUGAUUUUGUGGAGACCAUGUCAACUGAAGCUGAUAAAGUAAACAGGGCAUCACAAGACCCGCUAGAAGGUGGAAAAUCCAAAUAUCAAGAAGUUGUCGAAACUGAUUGGGCCUCCAUUUCGCAGCAUAAAGAUAUCAUGAAACAGUUGGUUGAAGCAAGAUCCUCGAUGGAAGCAAUGGAACAGGAACAAGUUAAGCUAAUAGAAGAGCUAGAAUUCACAAGGGAAGAAAAUCAAAGGCUGUCUAAGCAGCUGCGUGAAACUGAAAGGGCUGGGAUACAACACAGGCAUAAACCUGAUAACCAUGAGUCAAGAGGCUCUGUUUUUGAAAAUCAGGACAGUAAUGGAGACCUCUGCAUGGUGGCUUUGCAAGCUAAGUUGGAGAAAAUGUCCAAGGACCUUGGGGAGGCUCGCUUGCUUAAUAGCCAAUAUCUGGAAGAUCAUGCAUUAAAGUUGUCAGAGGAACACCAAACUGAGUUAGUGCGUGAGGAAGUUGAAGCAGAAACAACUAAAGCGAUUCUUCAUAUGCAGGUAGAGAUUGUUGCAAUGAAGUCCGAACUACAGGAGAAAUUAUGCUUAAUGGCUGAUGAAAACAUGAGUUUAAAGAACUAUCUGGCAGCUAAAGAGGAAGAAAUAGAGGUGCUGUGCAUGGAAUGGGAAAGAGCAACUUUGGAGCUAACAUCCUUUCUAGUAGAUGGUUCUAAGUCCCUGCGAGAUGCUUCCUCCCACAUAGAACAUAUAGCUUGCUCAUUUCCUGACAUCAAUGCUUGCAUUGGUGAACAUGUUGAGAGAGCUGCUAAAAUUUGUGUUGAGAAGGAAGAAACCAUUCUUUUGUUAAGAAGGAGUUUAGAAGAAGCACAACGGGGCAUAUUGCAAAUGGAUGGGAAAUUGAAUUCUCUGAAAGGUGCAACAAUGACUUUUACUCAAGCUCAGCAGUUAGACAAUGAGUCAAGCGACAAGGAAGCAUUCCAGCUAGUUUCUUCUUUAGAUGAUCAAAUCAGUAGGUUGGAAUCUUUAGAAAAACAUCUGCUGCACAAGGGGAACCACACCGCUGAGGUUCAUGCUGCUUCAUUUUCUGCAAAUGAUGGAUCUGAUAGUCUUGACAGAAACCUCACAAAAGGAGACAGUUCAAGUGAAAGUGUAUUAGCAUUGAUAGCUAAUGAAAAUAAUAUUGAGUUGGCAAGGUUAAAGCUACUGGAGGUGGAGAAUGCUGUAAAUGCUCUUUGCUUUGAUGCACAAAACUAUCUGUCAGGCCUCCAAUCAGACGACUAUAAAAUGAUUUGCUUGUUCAAGGAGUUCAAUCAAGAAUUUCUAGAUCUUAUCCAUCAGAUGAGGAAUAAGUUCUAUGAUCUAAUGGAAAAUGGUAGUUCUCAGUACCAUGCAGUUGGAUUUCCAUCAAGUGAUACCAGUAAGCUUCAUGACCAUAACAAACAGCAGAAACUGCUGCAUCAGAUUAGGUAUGAACUUGUUGAAACAAACGAGAAACUGAAUCACAUCACAGAAAAUCUUAGCAGGAUUUUAAAUUUGCAUCUAUGCCCUGAUACAACUGAAGAUCCAAGUGAAUCAGAUGGAUGGACAACUGACUGUUUGGCUUCAUGUUCUAAUCUUUCAACUGAAAGUGUUGCUUCAGGAAAAAGGUCAAAUACAUCUCCCCACAGUGGUAAUUCACAAAGCAUACCGAAGAAUUUGAAUCUAGAAGGCACAACACUACUGCAUUUGAGGAGGAAUUUUAAAAUGGCAUAUGGUGCUUUUGCCAAAGUAAAUGCUCAGUUUUAUUCCGUUUUCAAUGAGAAAGAAGAGGGUUCACCCCCAGUGAUGUAUCUCUCUGAUUCAGCUGAACUUGCAAAACUGAAUGACCAGCAGCCAAUCAAGAAUCAACAAAAUGAAAUAAUUCAGGGUCAUAAAAUGAUGAUGCAUGGAGCUGAAUUUAGCUGCAACUACAGGAGAGAGGAAGAAGCUGGUGACGAAAUCACUGAAGAGAAAAACUUCUUUAAGAAGUUUGAGCAAGCCUUCUCAACCAUCAAAGAAGUAGAUUACACGUUAAAUACUCUGGUUAAAGUGAAUGAAAAUGAAAAAAAGUUGACUUCUAUGUUGAGACAAGCAGAAGAGGAAUUACUGGAGCAGAAAGCAAGCCUGGUUGAAGAUGUCAAACAACUUAAGUCCUCCAUUCGACAGAGAGAUGAAGAAAUAGGAAUAUUACAGGAUGAGGCCUGUUGCAGCUUGCAAGAAAUUUCAAAUACAAUGUCCUUGCUUGAAGGGUCUUUCUUGGAUAUGCAAAAAGAUGUGGAGGAAUUUUUGAAAACAUUGUUUGCUGAUGCUUUUAGAAUGGCAGAAGAGACACUGAACCUCAUUGGCAACUCAAAUUUAUUACUGGAAGGUAUUGUUUUUGACACUAUGAAGAAUGGUAUAUCCUCUUCUGUGCUAUACCGUUGCGAAGCUAUAGAUUCUAUACAUGACUUGGGGAGAAGUUGCGGAAGUUGUAAUAUUGGCAUGAUAAUGGAUAAAGAAGAACUGGAUGGAAUGACAAGCUUUGGACAAAUGGAGGAUAAAGAGUUGGGUUUAGACCAGAUCAACAGCAAAAAUGAAAACUUGGAGCUUAGAAAAGAAUUGGAACGAAAAGAAGCUUUGCUGAAAGGUUUGCUAUUUGACAUUAGCUUAUUGCAAGAAUCAGCUUCUAGCAGAAAGGAUAUCACGGAUGAAGUUGACAAGUUAAUUGCAGCUUUGGAUCAAGCUCAAAAUGAGUUAUCUACUAAAGAACAUCAACUAGAUGAAAUGCUCAUUCAGCACAGAACUCUUGAAAAUCGGCUGAAAGAGAUGGAGAGUGAUCUAUUUGCCUCAAAAUCUGAUCAUGAAGGGACUAGAAGAGAAUUGGAUACUUUCUCAAAUCAAAACUCUGAGUUGAGAGCUCUUUUAGAUGAUCUUUGUAUGAAGAAGUCUCAAACAGAGGAUGAGUUGGAAGAACAAAGGGAGAUUGUGAAAAGCCUAGAAAAUGAAAUUCUUUGGCUGACCUCCUCUGCAGAGAAACAACUGAUACCAUCGAUGACAGAUAAAGAUACAGAAGAUGAUCUCAAGAGGGUUACUGGAGAAAAGAAUCAGCUUCUUGAACAACUCCGGUUCCUGCAAGACAGGCUUGAUAUGGCAUGUUCACUAGCUGAUGAGAACGAAGCUAUUGCUGUACAAGCUCACCAGGCAUCAGAAGCCAGUAAAAUGUAUGCUGAACAAAAAGAUGAGGAGGUUAAGAUUUUAGAACACUCAGUUGAGGAACUUGACGGCACCAUAAAUGUACUGGAGAAUAAGGUACAUGAAAUGGAAGAAGAGGUAGAAAGAGAUCGCCUGAUUAGAGAUUCAUUAGAACUGGAACUUCAAGCGCUAAGAAAAAGAUUAUUAAUGGUUGAGAACUCUCGAAGUAUGGACAUGAAGAGCUCAGGUGAACUGUCCACAAAGGAUCAAUUUUCGAGGUUCGUGGAGCCUACUGAGUUUUAUUACCGAAUAGGAGAUCUGGAAGAAGAAAAAGCAGAGCUAACUAAAGAGAUAAAACAAUACAAGGAAUACAUUUCAGAAAUCUUGUUGCACGCCCAAGCCCAAGCAUCACAGUAUCAACAAAAGUACAAGGAGUUGGAGGCAGUGCUGCAUGGACUUGAAACUCACUCAUUAAACACACUAAAUGGAGGACCAACUUCAGAUAAGACAGAGAAGUGCUCAAGCUCAACCAGGACAAGAGGUUCAAGCUCACCUUUCAGAUGCAUUUCCAGUUUGGUUCAGCAGAUGAAUAGUGAGAAAGACCAGGAACUGUCAGCAGCUAAAUUUCGCAUAGAAGAGCUAGAGGUGUUACUGGCUCAAAAACAGAAGGAGAUUUGUAUGCUGAACAGUAGACUGGCUGCAACAGAAAACAUGACACAUGAUGUAAUUCGGGAUUUGCUUGGUGUCAAGCUGGACAUGACUAGUUAUGCAAAUUUGAUAAAGCAGUAUCAACUGCAAAAAUUUGUGGAGGCUCAACAACAAUCAGAAGAGCGCAUGGCAAUGGAGAGACAACUUUCAGAUCUAAGGAGACAAAUUGAUGAUCUAGUUGAAGAAAGAGAGAGAUACAUUUUGGAAGUGAAAAAUAGUGAGGCAGACGUGUUAUCAUCCCAGAUGUGCAUAGAACAGUUACGAGAACGUGAUCAGUUGCUGACUGCUCAAAAUGAAAUGCUGAAAAUGGAUAGGACCAACUUACAGAGAAAAAUUGUGGAACUGGAUGAUAUGGUAAAAAGGCUCUUGGGAAGACAGACUCAAAUGGGCGCCUUGGCAAGAUUGAAAGAAAUUGAUCUUAGCCAAAGGCUGGGUCGUCCUCAGAAGUUGGUUUUAGGAGCAAGGGACAAACUUUCUCUGGCUCGUGAGGCUGAUGACCUUGGUACACGUGACAACCUGAAUAGUUGUGGUAAGGAAACAAAAUUCAGGUGAGCUCAAUAUAGGUCUGGCAUGCGGGAGUCUCUGCAAUACAGCUCCUAUGUAUUACAAGGAUAAACAACUGCCAAACAAAGAGAGCAAUUAUCAAUCAUAGGCCGUCUGCUCAGAAUCAAGUUUCAUAAGUUCACGAAAGCAAAUAUCACUAAUAGAAAUUCAGAGCUGCAGAUAAUGGUUUAAUGUGCAUAUAAUUGUUAGUAUUAUUUUGUUGGAAGGUAAUUAUCAGCUGUAUCAUAUACUAUAUGUAUUUUUUCUUAGGUUGGGUGAUGUUGGCUUCUUGAGUGACUUUGAGUCCGUAGGAAAGUGGUGACCAACCUCCUUCCUGAACAACCGGAAUUGGGACAUAGCGUGUGGUUAUUGUCAUAGCACAAAUUCUAAUUGUUGUAAUUAUGUCUGUAAUUACAUAUCAAAAGCAAUCUAUGAUGAUACGAACUGCUUCAGAAUUGAAGUGUAAUUGGUGUAUAUUAAUUGGUGUGUUUACUACA